AUGGGACAAAAGAGAGGUCGCGACUCGAAGGCCCAGGCGCUGGAGUCUAAGAAGCGCAAGAAGGCUGCGAAAUCCGGUCUAGUCUCGGACGAUGAUGCCUGGGACGGCGUUAUCGGUAUUGACGACCUCAACUGGACGGAAGUGGCUCUACCCGACCGGUUAGGAGAUGCGACUGGCUUUCUUGGGCUGGAGGAGAUUGAUGGAGUAGACAUUGUCAGAUCUUCAGGUGGCGGAGAGGUUCAGUUCAAGGCCAAGGAAGGAGCACCAAGAAAGUCGAUUUUGAAGAAGCCAUCUGCCGAAGAUAAUGCUGAAGAAUGGGAUGGUUUCAGCGACGGCGAAUCGAACGAGAAGGCCGCUGAUGUUCCAGCCGCUGAUACCCAGCCCGCAAAGGACGAGAAGAAGACGAAAAAUAAGAAAGAGAAGAAAGUAAAGGAAGUCAAGGCCAAGGAAACACAGCCUAAACGUGAUGCAAAUCUCAAGGCUGGCCUUUCGUUUGCAGCUCUUGAGGAGGCUGGAGAGGAUGAUGGCGCGGACGUUUCUGCGUGGGAUAGACUUGGUCUCUCCCCCGAGAUUCUUACAAGUCUUUCCAAGCUCAAUUUCCCAACACCGACUACUAUACAGAAGUCUUGUAUUCCCGCAAUUCUCGACGGUCAUGACGUGGUGGGUAAGGCUUCGACGGGUUCCGGUAAAACACUGGCAUUCGGGAUCCCAAUUCUUGAACAUUACCUGGAGAAGCGAGGGAAGAAAGAAGAUGAGAGCGAGAAGGCCAAUUCCGAGCCCAUGGCGCUUAUCCUUUCACCAACCCGAGAGCUGGCGCAUCAAUUGGCGAAGCACAUCGGAGACCUUAUCACAAAUGCCCCGGAUGCCGACGCACGUAUCGCUCUUGUGACCGGUGGCUUGUCUAUUCAGAAACAGCAAAGACAGCUUGCGAGUGCUGAUAUCGUUAUUGGCACUCCCGGUCGUGUAUGGGAGAUCCUGAGCACGGGCUCUGGUCUGAUUCGCAAGAUGCAGGGCAUUAAAUUCCUGGUCGUUGACGAGGCCGACCGUUUGCUUAGCGAGGGCCAUUUCAAGGAAGUGGAAGAGAUUUUGGGUGCUCUAGAUCGCCAGGAGCAGGGCGAUUUCCCCGAUAUGGAUGAAGAGGAGGAUGCCGCGGAGGAAGAGCCAAGCGUUCGUCAGACCCUUGUGUUCUCUGCUACUUUCCACCGCGACUUGCAACAAAAGUUGGCAGGCAAGGGCCGUUGGACUGGGAGUGAUCUCAUGGACAAGAAAGAGUCUAUGGAAUACCUCCUCAAGAAGUUGAACUUCCGGGAAGAGAAGCCAAAAUUCAUUGAUGUGAACCCCGUUCAGCAAAUGGCCGAGGGACUGAAGGAAGGUAUUGUUGAAUGUCCUGCCAUGGAGAAGGAUCUCUACCUGUACUCUCUUUUACUCUAUUACCCCAAGCACCGAACUCUUGUUUUUACCAACUCCAUCUCCGCCGUCCGCCGACUUACCCAACUACUGCAAAAUCUGCAACUUCCCGCUCUCGCCCUUCACUCUUCCAUGGUCCAGAAAGCCCGUCUUCGCUCUGUGGAGCGAUUCUCAUCACCCUCAUCAGACCCCAGUUCUAUUCUCGUUGCAACCGACGUUGCAGCACGUGGUCUAGAUAUUAAGGGCAUUGACUGUGUUAUUCACUACCACGCACCUCGCACAGCAGACGCCUACGUCCACAGAUCUGGACGUACCGCUCGUGCUGGCGCAGUCGGCAAGAGUGUAAUUAUCUGUGCCCCAGAAGAAGUGGUCAGCGUGGCCCGUCUCGCCGCCAAGGUCCACGCCCGAAACGGCAAGAAAGGACCUAUCAAGAAGCUACCUCUAGAAUCCCUCGAUAUUGAUCGCCGAGUCGUAUCCCGCGUGCGUCCUCGCAUCGAAAUCGCCAAGAAGAUUACCGACUCGACCAUCGCCAAAGAAAAGAUUUCUGCCGAAGAUAAUUGGCUUCGUGCCGCAGCUGAGGAUCUGGGUGUCGAUUAUGACAGUGAAGAGUUUGAUGAAUCUCAGGGCAAGGGCCGUGGUCGUGGUGGUGGACGCCAUCAGAAGGAGAAGCAGGCUAGUAGCAUCACCAAGGGUGAGCUGGCCGGGCUCCGUGCCGAGUUGAAGCACCAACUUUCUCAGCGCUUGAAUAUCGGUGUCAGUGAGCGGUAUCUCACGGCUGGGCGUAUUGACAUUGAGGCUCUUCUACGUGGUGAGGGCAACAAUUCCUUCCUGGGACACCUGGACCCACUGGAUUUCUAG